CCGAGGCAGCGCAGCCUUGGGAGGGGGCUGCCCCGGCCCCCUCCUCCAGCCCCAGUCCCCAGGAGCCCGGCCUUCGGGGCAGGGCGGCAAAGUCCCCGGUGCAAAGUGCGGGGACCAGCAGCCGAGGACGCCGGGGUCCCGGAACCAACAGGAGGUUUGGGGCUGGGACCCCAAAGACCUGGGUGCAAGACUUUGGGUCCCCUGAAGGAAGUGGGCUGAGGCCUGGCCCACGCUCCCCUCCCUCGCAGAGCCCAGGAUGCUCCUUGGUGGCAGCGGCUCCUGAGCUCAUGGAGCCCUCAGCCACCCCAGGGGCCCAGACGGGGGUCCCCACUGGCAGCGGGGAACCGUCCCCGGUGCCUCCUGACUACGAGGACGAGUUUCUCCGCUAUCUGUGGCGUGAUUAUCUGUACCCGAAGCAGUACGAGUGGGUCCUCAUCGCAGCCUACGUGGCUGUGUUCCUCGUGGCCCUGGUGGGCAACAUGCUGGUCUGCCUGGCGGUGUGGAGGAACCACCACAUGAGGACGGUCACCAACUACUUCAUCGUUAACCUGUCCCUGGCCGACGUGCUGGUGACGGCCAUCUGCCUGCCUGCCAGCCUGCUCGUGGACAUCACUGAGUCCUGGCUCUUCGGCCACGCCCUCUGCAAGGUCAUCCCCUAUCUACAGGCCGUGUCUGUGUCAGUGGCAGUGCUGACUCUCAGCUUCAUCGCCCUGGACCGCUGGUAUGCCAUCUGCCACCCGCUGUUGUUUAAGAGCACCGCCCGGCGUGCCCGCGGCUCCAUCCUGGGCAUCUGGGCUGUGUCGCUGGCUGUCAUGGUGCCCCAGGCUGCUGUCAUGGAAUGUAGCAGUGUGCUGCCUGAGCUAGCCAACCGCACCCGGCUCUUCUCUGUCUGUGACGAACGCUGGGCAGACGACCUGUAUCCCAAGAUCUACCACAGUUGCUUCUUCAUUGUCACCUACCUGGCCCCGCUGGGCCUCAUGGCCAUGGCCUAUUUCCAGAUCUUCCGCAAGCUCUGGGGCCGCCAGAUCCCCGGCACCACCUCGGCCCUGGUGAGGAACUGGAAGCGGCCCUCAGACCAGUCGGAGGACCAGGGGCAGGGCCCGAGCGCAAAGCCCCAGCCUCGGGCCCGUGCCUUCCUGGCCGAGGUGAAGCAGAUGCGAGCUCGGAGGAAGACGGCCAAGAUGCUGAUGGUGGUGCUGCUGGUCUUUGCCCUCUGCUACCUGCCCAUCAGUGUCCUCAAUGUCCUCAAGAGGGUGUUCGGGAUGUUCCGGCAAGCCAGUGACCGGGAAGUCGUCUAUGCUUGCUUCACCUUCUCCCACUGGCUGGUGUAUGCCAACAGCGCCGCCAACCCCAUCAUCUACAACUUCCUCAGUGGCAAAUUCCGGGAGCAGUUUAAGGCCGCCUUCUCCUGCUGCCUGCCUGGCCUGGGUCCCCGCUCCUCUGCCAGCCACAAGUCCUUGUCCUUGCAGAGCCGAUGUUCCGUCUCCAAAGUCUCAGAGCACGUGGUGCUCACCACCGUCACCACAGUCCUGCCCUGAGCGAGGGCUGCCCUGGUGGCUCCAGGUGGUGCAAACUGUUCCCAGCCGGGGCUGCUCCUCUGGCUCCUAGGGGACCUGCCCCUACUCCUUGUGGAAAGACUGCUGGAGGCAGUGGGAGGCCGGGGCUCCAGUCCUGGUUUUCCACCUGUUUGACUCUGGGCAAGUCACUUCCCUUCUCUGAGCUGUGUCCCCUACAAAGGAGCAUGCUCAAGAAAAUGGAAAGCUCUCUCUAAACUGUAGAGUGUUGUCGACAAGAUUGUUUUGUAUUCCUCCCACUUGGCCAUACCUCACAGUACCAUCCAUCCCCAUCAUCCUUCCAGAGCUUGGCCUUCCUCCCAAAGACUCCUCUCCUACCCAAUUACAGGCCUCCCCUGGAGUCUGCUGUAAGGGUCCCAGCAGGCAUUUCCAUCUGGCCCAGUGGCUCCCGAAAGCUCAGGCUGCUCUUGCCAGCUACUCUGAGGUGUGUGUGAGCUAAUCUGGGCUCAGCCCUUCCCCAGUGGGAACACAGCCCCACCCUCACCAGGUGCCAAGUGCACGCACCAUAGACUGGACCCUGUUCGCUUUGUGGUGUGAUAAAACACUCUCCAUGUGGCCAUUUGGCAUGGAGGCCAGCAGCCUGACGCAACUGUAAUUAAAAGCCUGGCACUGAAUGUUCCCUUUCCUUGUCAUUGCACAAAAUCUGUGCUGCUCAGGUUAGGAUGAGAAGGUGGGGGAGU